GCUGUUUAAAUUUCGAAGACGUACAUAUUAGUAUAUGGAUAAAACGUGUGAGAAGUAAAUGUUAAUAGUUUUAAGAAUUUGUAGAAUAUUACGCUUCAUUUUUAUUUCUACUUAUUUGUUUAUUGCAUAAAAUUUUGCUAGUAUAUUUAUUAAGGACAUUUAUUUAAAAAAAAAAAACAGUUAGAAGAUGGAAGAAGAACGAGGAAAUGUAGAAGUUUCAACAAAGGUUACUGAACCAUUACUAAAUGUACCAAACCCAAGAGCCCUUCAACAAACUGUUCCUUCUGUACCUGGUCAAUCAAAAUAUAUACAGCUGCUUAAUGUUAUAGAAGAACUUGGUCAUGAAGUUCGACCUACCUAUGCUGGCAGUCGUACUUCUAUUGAAAAAAUUAAGCGUGGUAUUGUACAUGCACGUAUUUUAGUUAGAGAAUGUUUAAUUGAAACAGAAAAAAGUGCUCGUCAAUAAGACAGAAAUUUUAUAUAUAAUAUAUAACUGACCAAAUUUUGUAGAGGUAUUUAACUAUAACAUAAAAAGACUUAUAUUUUUUGCUGCAAAUAGUAUUGCAUUUACAUAUUAAAGAUUAAAAUAAUCAGAAUAACAAUUUAUCUACCUCAAAAAUUGAUUACAUUAAAUUUGCAAAUUGUAAUUGCAAAAAUUAUUAAACUAAGUAAUAGUCAUUAAUUAAAAGUAACAAUAUAUUUUUUAUGUUUUCUUUAAAAAAUUAUUUAAGAAACUAUGCAUUGUCAUUAUAUAUUUAUUUUGUACAAUAACAAAUUAUUUAUUCAAUUUUAUUUUACCAAAGAAAGUACAAUAAAACUAGACAUUAGGUGCCAUAAUUUAUUAAUCAUAUAAUUAAUUUUAUAUGAAUGAGUACAAAAUAUUUUAUAAAAAUUAUUCUUUUAUACUUAUAUGAUUGUAAUUAUCAAUUAUAAAAAUCAAUUAUCAAAUAGGUGAAUUUUAUCAAACUUUAAAAUGAAGAACAUAUAUUAAUUCUAUUAAUAUGAUAAUUUCAAACAAAUUGAAAUUUAAUUAAAUUAUUGAUAGUACAAAUAUAUUUCUUAAAUGCAAUGAAUGCCAAUAGAAACUGAAGUUAAAAUUAAGUUAUUAAGAACCAAUGUAGUAUUAAAUCUUAAUAAUAUAUAUUUAGAAUAAAAUUUGUGUAUAAAUAUAUUGGUAUAUAUAAUAAACAAUUAUAUAUUACAAAAAUAUUUAAAAUGAAAAGAAAAGUUCCUAUGAUAUGUAAAUGAUCUUUGCUCAGACAUACAUAUAUAAAUGAAUUUAUUAUAUGUAAAAAACAAUGAUCAUGUCUUGUUCCUAAAAAUUAAUUAUGAUAUGAUCUUAAUGAUAAUAAUACAUUGACCAAAAAGUACAAGUUGUAUAUGAUCAGAAAAUUUCUAUGUGUCAGUUUUUUAAUAUAAAUGAAUAUGAAUCAAACAAAUGUUUUUGUAAAUAAUUAAAGUUUUUUAAGCUUUUAUAAUAUUUAAUGAAAACCAACUUCAUAUCAAAUAACUUUGUAUAAUUGUUUUUUAAUAAAAAUAUUGACAUAAUUGGUAAUAGUAUACAAUGAAUUAACUAAUAAAAAUAAUUGAUAACAAUAUACAAAUGUAAUUGUACAAGUUUAAAAAUUCUAAAUUUGUAAUAGCUUAAAUAUUGUAUAUCAUAAUUUUCAUUAAUUGUAAUAUUCACAUAAAUAAAGAUUUUUAUGUAUUAAA